AUGGCUCCCCGUCCCUUCGACGACGAGGAACUGUCCAUCUCCCUCACGCCUGCCCAGAGCCGCAGGACCAAUUCCAUCAGCCGCCCGACCCCCGAGGUCAGCGUCACACACCACGGCGAUUCCGGCGGCGCCAUGAGCGCGGCUCCCUCCCUCGGCGGCCAUGGCGGCGCCCCGCACGCCGACCGCAUCAAGAGCAGCGACACCCGCCUCGACCAGUACUCGAUCGUCAAGACCCUCGGCGAGGGCUCCUUUGGCAAGGUCAAGCUCGCCAUCCACAAGUCCACCGGCCAGAAGGUCGCCCUCAAGAUCAUCUCCCGCAAGAAGCUCAUCAGCCGCGACAUGACGGGCCGGGUCGAGCGAGAGAUCGAGUUCCUCCAGCUGCUACGGCAUCCUCACAUUAUCAAGCUAUACACCGUGAUUAAGGACACAAAUGAUAUUAUUAUGGUGCUCGAGUAUGCAGGCGGAGAGCUGUUUGACUACAUUGUCCAAAAAGGAAGGAUGGACGAGGACGAGGCAAGGCGCUUCUUCCAGCAGAUGCUCUGCGCUGUCGAGUACUGCCAUCGGUACAGAGUGGUGCACCGCGACCUGAAGCCCGAGAACCUGCUGCUGGACGAGAACCUCAACGUCAAGAUCGCCGACUUCGGACUCAGUAAUAUCAUGACGGACGGCAACUUCCUCAAGACGAGUUGCGGCAGCCCCAACUACGCCGCUCCGGAGGUUAUCGGCGGCAAGCUAUAUGCCGGUCCCGAAGUUGAUGUCUGGAGUUGCGGAGUCAUCCUUUAUGUCCUCCUGGUUGGCCGACUCCCCUUCGACGACGAUCACAUCCCGAGCCUGUUUGCCAAGAUCGCGCGUGGUACCUAUGUAAUCCCGAGCUGGAUGAGCCCCGGGGCGGCGGGACUGAUCAAGAAGAUGCUGGUCGUUAAUCCCGUCCAGCGCGCGACCAUUGAGGAGAUCCGGCAGGACCCGUGGUUCAUGAAGGACCUGCCCGAGUACCUGAGGCCGCCAGAGCAGCCCUUCUUCAACACGGGUAUCGAUCCCGAAAAGUCCAUCAAGCCCAGCGACAUUGCGCCGCAUGCGCCUGUCAAGGUCCAGGAGAAGCUGCACAACGAGGUCACCGAGAAGAUCUCCAAGACGAUGGGUUACGGCAAGAAGGAUGUCCAGGAGGCGCUGGAGGCUGAAGAGCCCUCGGCCAUCAAGGACGCGUACAUGAUCGUCCGCGAGAACAAGCUGAUGCAGAUUGCCCCACAUCUUGGAAGUGGCAGUGAAAACCCGUACUUUGCGACAUCACCACCCCCGGCCGAGCCGGACAUAAGCGCCCUCGCAGCAGGCAUUGGUGCUUUGAACAACAACGCAGAGACCGGCUCCCAAGCCAGUCCACUUGCUAGCAUGUCGUCCGCGCGCUCCAUCACCUCCGCCAGCACCAACGCUUCGCCGCGCCAGUACGUCUCCAAUAUCGGUAUUCUGCCCAGCAGUCUGCCUACGUAUCACAAAGACUACAUGGAGCGUGAGCGGGCAGGUGGCGAUGAUUCGUACGACGCCCCUUCGGCACCAAAUGAGCCACCCGCACCGGCGAGGACUCAGGCGGAGCAGGAGGAGACGGCACGGCGGCUCCGACCUCACUCACGCGGCAGCCAGAUCCGCCUCGACCAGAGUAGCCGGCCGCCCCAAGGUCUCACGCCAGUGAACCCGCCCAAGAAGUCAAAGCCUGCGCGCUGGCAAUUUGGUAUCCGGUCCAGGAACGCGCCUUGGGAGGCCCUUGUGUGCAUUUACAAGUCGCUUAGCAAGCUCGGCUGCUCUUGGGUUCUUGACGAGGAGUAUGAUAAAGUCCACGGACCCGAGGAUCAAAACGAGGAGGACAAUUAUGUCGGAUCGCCACACUCACGUGGCCGUGAGAAGGCGCGGAACGACCCGACCAAGACCUACAAGCUGCCAGCCGAUCCCUGGCACAUCCAGAUCCGCUGGACCACCAAUGAACUCCGCCGGCAGGCAGGCAACAGUGGGAUCUUCAGCUCUGACGACUUCUCUGCGGAAAAGACGAAAGUACGGACGAAAAACGAUUCCGAAUACCAAGUCGUCUCGAUGCGCAUGGACAUUCAGAUCUACGAGAUGGACCACGGCGUGUAUCUGGUCGAUUUCAAAUGCGAUGGCUACGAGACCUCGGACGGGACGGUCCUCGAGGAGAAAGAAGUUACCAGCCCCUUUCCCUUCCUGGACCUUGCCGCAAAGUUGAUCAUGCAGCUCGCCGACGCCGACUGA